CUUAAGUUAGAAAUAUCUGAGAUGCAUGGAAGUAUGGUGAUUGAUACUCCUGCGAAGGGUUCAGUGACUACUACUUCAGUCUGCUUGAGUUGUCCUUUGAGUAUUUUUGGUAGGGACUUUGGGAUAGACCUUGUGUGUCUUCCGCUAGUGCAGAUUGAUGUUAUUCUGGGUAUGAACUGGUUGGUGUUUAACCGAGUCUAUAUCAACUGUUUUGAUAAGACUGUGAUAUUCCCUGAGAUUGAGGAAGGAAAGAGUUUGUUUCUCUCAGCGAGGCAGGUGAAUGAGGAAGUAGCAGAUGGAGCGGAGUUGUUUAUGCUGUUAGCGACUUUGGAAGCUAGAGAUAAACUGGUGAUUGGCGAUCUAGCUGUGGUGUGUGAUUUCCCUGAUGUGUUUCCGGAAGAAGUGAAUGAAUUACCGCCAGAGCGUGAAGUUGAGUUCUCGAUUGAUUUGGUACCUGGUACUAGACCGAUAUCGAUGGCUCCUUAUCGUAUGUCUGCUGUUGAGCUAGCUGAAUUGAAGAGUCAGUUGGAAGAUUUGUUGGAUAAGAAAUUCAUUCGUCCGAGUGUGUCACCGUGGGGUGCACCAGUGUUGUUGGUUAAGAAGAAAGAAGGUACUAUGAGGUUGUGUGUGGACUACAGGCAACUGAAUAAAGUGACGAUCAAGAAUCGGUAUCCUUUACCGAGGAUUGAUGAUUUGAUGGAUCAAUUGGUUGGUGCUAGUGUGUUCAGCAAAAUAGACUUGAGAUCUGGGUAUCAUCAGAUACGUGUGAAAACUGAGGAUAUUCAGAAGACUGCUUUCAGAACAAGGUAUGGACAUUAUGAGUAUUCUGUGAUGCCUUUUGGUGUGACUAAUGCGCCUGGUGUAUUUAUGGAGUAUAUGAAUAGGAUUUUCCAUCCGUACCUAGAUCAGUUUGUUGUGGUAUUUAUUGAUGACAUUUUGGUGUAUUCGAAAUCUGAAGAAGAGCAUGUUGAGCAUUUGAGAGUGGUUUUGGGAGUUCUACGAGAAAAGAAGCUAUUUGCUAAACUAUCCAAGUGUGAAUUUUGGUUAGAAGAAGUUAGUUUUCUUGGUCAUGUGAUUUCAAGAGGUGGUGUGGCUGUUGAUCCUUCUAAGAUAGAAGCGGUAUCUAGGUGGGAAGCUCCGAAGUCAGUUUCUGAGAUAAAGAGUUUCCUUGGUUUGAUCAUGGCUGACAGACGCAGAGGUCGUGGUAGACCCGGAACCCAGAAUUCAGACUUUGAACCGCCAAGUGGUAGUGAAGGUUUUCAAAGGCCUCAGUUCAUGCAACAGAUACAACAACAACAGAAUCAAUUCAUGCAACAGAUGAUGCAACAUUGGAAUGGUGGUUUUCAUCCUCAAGGGGUUCCACAAGAAGCUACAGGUGGUACUUCCCGAGAAUUCUUCCGCAUGAAUCCUCCUGAAUUCCAUGGUGGGUUGAAUCCUGUGAAGGCUCAGGAGUGGAUAACCAGCAUGGAAAGGAUUUUUCAGAUAGUGCAUUGUAGUGAAGAGAAUAAGGUUGUGUUUGCUUCUCACAUGAUGAGAGGUCCGACUGUGAGAUGUGUUUCUCAAAGCGAAUUCACUACUUAUGAUGAAUUGUUAAGGAAAUUCUAUGUGACUGAGAACAGUUUGAAGAAAGUUCAAGAAGAAAGGGAUCAAUAUAGUAGUGGACAGAGAAACCAAGGGAGGCCAGGAAGCCAGUCCAGGCCUAGAUCUCAGGCUUUCAAAGGAAAACAGGUGCAACACGCAAGACCUAACCAUCCACCUCAAUGUCAAGUGUGUAAGAAGUCUCAUUUUGGAAGAUAUGCUGGAAGUGGAGUUAGGUGUUUUACUAGUCAGAGGGAGGGACACAUGUCUUGGGAAUGUCCUCAGAAUAAGAAUUAG